AUGCUGUUAAAUCUUGGUCUCGCAGCGGAUGCCGUAGCAGCUCACACGAAUGAACCUAUCAAACCAGAAACACAACCCUCUGCAUCUACUACGCUCUGCUCGCCUAUAUUCUCACUGUCGGCCUUGCCAUUGCUGAACACUUUAUACAAUCGCCACAAGCUUCCCGAUGGUUCCACUGAGUGUCCAGGGUUAGUAUCUGCGAUGACGAUGACCUCGAUUGAGUCGGCAUCAGAGUCGGGUGAAGCAUCGACUGCUAUUGUCGCCAGGCCUCAGCCCGCUCGUGCAUCCACAGCUCGCAAGUCACGGCCAAAAACAUCCUACCAAUUUGCCCACCCUGCCUCCCAUGCUCGCCAUAAGCGAUUCAAAAUCCGCCCAAAACUCCUCAUCCAGCUGCAGCAGGUAUCGCAGACCCCGCGUCCACUGCCAGUGGUGGAUGUCCUGCCAUCGACAUCAUAUAUUCCCCUGAUAGCUCGCAAAUUCCCGGCCAUCUAUCGAACCAGAAAUGGAUUGGGUCCGUACGACCUCAUCGUUGUGAUCAGUGAUCAGUAUGAACGCGCCGUGGACAGAAUACCUGAGAGACACAUCGGCUCGGAAGACGAGGACGAAGACCACCGCGAAGUCGUGGCCACGAUAUGUCAAAAGUCACAAGAAGAUGCGCGGCUCAAGGGAAUGGCGGAGAUAUGUCUCAACUUUGGCCCAGUUUGGGAUGCGUCGCCUCUCGCAAACGGGUCUUAUGAGUUUGUCGCUCAGACAGACAGUGGACUGCAAGUUGUGCGGUGGGCUUUGCGGAGUGGGAGGAGUCGUCGGAUGACUGCGCCUUCUGAGACAUCGUCGCGGGAGGAUGGCAAACGGUUCACCUUUAGCGUCAUCGAUCCUACCACCCGCCGCCAUCCGGUUCUUGCUUCCAUGACCCGAAACAAGUUGGACGUUAAUGAUGAAUAUUCUACGGCGGUUCGGGGCGGCACCGGCCCCGCGACUCCAAGCUCAGGUAUGUCCGUUGUGAGCGAUGCGUCGGAUGGCGAGACACCUUUCGGCGCGAUCUCGGUCACUCUUGAUGAUGGGCUGCGAACUUUGAUUAUCACCACCGGAAUCUGGGUUGCCUUUCGUGAGGGGUGGUCUGAUAACUUCCGCUACGACAGCCGGAUUACUUCUGGAGCGAAGUCGAAUGUUUCAUCUCCGACAGGCGUCAAGAAUCAGAACGAUUCUUUCCUAGCUAGCGAUGAGGUUAGCCCAGUGAAAGACCAGGCCAACCGCGGCAAACGCUGCGUGUCGAUCUCCAAUAUCUGCCGCUCCAACACUACAGCUCCCGCCGAAGCAGUGCGCCUUGGUGACAUGUCCAAGCGCUCAAAUUCCACUGGUGCCGCAUUCAUGGAUCGAGCGAAACGACGUUCAGCUUCUGGGCUUAGCACUCGCCUAUACCGACAUAGCAUGUUCACCGCCUUGGGCGAGAACGGCCGCGAGAUCGUUGUCUCCCGUCCUCCCUCCACGCGACGAAAUUCCGUUGAACCGGGAGAUACACCUCGGGCCAGCCCGCCUAACGCGAAAUCUUCUACAAACUCCAAGCCGGAGCAUCCACCUGCCAAACCCAAAGCAGGACCAGAUCGAGAUAUCCCAACUACAACUUCCCGCAUCACGCGGCAUAUGAGCCUUCGCAGGAAGAAGCUGGAUUCUCCAGACCCUCAGCCCGAGGCUCCCGCAAACAAGGGCAAACUCCGCCACCGUCUCAGUUCUCUCUUUGGCGUGUUCCAUCGAAAACCCGACCCUCAUUGA